AUGGCGACCGCAAACCGAACUGUUAUCAGCAAGGACCGUACAAGCCGGGAGGCUCAAGACUAUAUCCACAAUUUCUCUAUCACGUUCAGUGCUCUGACUUAUGCAAGCCAAUGCGAUAUCAGAAGGCAGGAUAGCUUUGAAGCCCUAAAGGAGGAUGACCUUCGAUUUCUCACAAGAGCCCACUUUGAAUACAAAGCGGUUCGCGGCGUGGUAUAUGCCAGGCUGGCCCUCUUCGGUUGUGAGGCGUUCAAGGCAGCUAUCGACGACCUACACGCUCGCCACCUCAUGAACUUUGCUCGCCACAAGGUCGAGGCGCUAAAAGAGCUAGUAGAGAAGGAGGACGAGAAGGAGGACGAGAAGGAGGACGAGAAGAGCGAAGCCAUCGUGGCGUUGAAGGAUAAUGUCGACUGGAUAAUGGAGCUUGUGACUCUAUGGAUUGAGGCGAUAAACUAA